UCGCUGCAUUCUGGGUAAAAUCCCGGGCCCAGAAUUCUCAAGAGCGCACGCGUGGGCCCACUCCUUCCUUUUGCGUCGUUGCCUCUGAGCGAGCAAGAUGGGUCACCAGCAGCUCUACUGGAGCCAUCCGAGAAAAUUCGGCCAGGGGUCGCGCUCUUGCCGCGUCUGCUCCAACCGGCACGGCCUGAUCCGGAAAUACGGCCUCAACAUGUGCCGCCAGUGUUUCCGCCAGUACGCGAAGGACAUCGGCUUCAUCAAGUUGGACUAAAUGAACUUCCGGAGUUGGUCAUCAGAAACAUCUACCCGGCAGCAGGAACAGAUGUUCUUUGUACAUAAAAUAAAGUGACUUCAGUUAUCA